UGAGAAGGAGAGAGGUAGACGGGAGAUGUAUAUUCUCAGUUCCUUGGCCCGUGGCAGAGAGCUCGGUCGCACCAGAAUAGCGCAGGACGGUCCUGGUCCAAAGUCUGUUUCGUGGUGUGGGCCGGACAGCAUGUCGGAUUCCAAAGCCAAAGUCAACUCCAAAAAAGCCAGCAUUCGGGCUGCUGUCAUUCUGAUCGGACUACUGCACAAGUCCAGACGGCAGAAGGAGAAAGAGAGGGACAAGGAGCGGAAACAAGAGCUGCUGACCAUCUCCAGUGUGCCUCUGGGAGAAUGUCCACCCUCACCUCCCCGCACUGCACCACCCACCAUGAAGUCGGCGGAGUUCUUCGACAUGUUGGAAAGGAUGCAGGAUGACUAUAUCCCUUACCCCCGGAUUGAGGAUGUCCUGGAGAAGGGUGGUCCCUACCCUCAGGUCAUUUUACCUCAGUUUGGUGGAUAUUGGAUUGAGGAUCCCGAGGCUCCGGUCGGGACGCCCACGUCCUCAGACAGCAGCUUCUGUGAGGAGGAGGAGGAUGGUCUGAGUCCUGGUGGAGGAGGAGGAGGAGGAGGAGGCUACAGGCUGGAGUGUAACAGCAUCUCACGGGCUUAUCGCAAACACUUUCUGGGAAAGGAGCACAUGAACUAUUACUGCACAGGCAGUAGUAUGGGACACCUCAUCAUGUCUCUGCAGUAUGAGGAGGCAGAUGGACAGGAGUCACUCCGCAUCAUGCUCAGGUCAAAAACAAAGACCCUUCAUGAGCGAAUCCCACUUGAAGGCCUCCUACAUCUACCCAGCGUACCACAGAUAGCCAAGCUGCUCUGCGAUGAUGUCACCGGUCUGAAGUUCAACCCCGUCCUCUACCCUAGGGCCUCGCAAAUGAUCGUCAGUUUUGAUGAGCACGAAGUGAACAACACUUUCAAGUUUGGAGUCAUCUAUCAGAAGUUUGGUCAGACGACAGAGGAAAGGCUGUUCGGGAACAAUGAGGAGACGCCAGCCUUUACUGAAUUCCUCAGUGUUUUAGGAGACAAUAUUGAACUGCAGGAUUUUAAAGGGUUCAGAGGCGGUCUGGAUGUGUCUCAUGGGCAGACUGGAUCUGAGUCUGUGUAUACCACGUUCCGUCAGAGAGAAAUCAUGUUUCACGUUUCCACAAAACUCCCCUUUACAGAAGGAGACAUUCAGCAGCUCCAGAGGAAGAGACAUAUUGGCAAUGACAUUGUCGCAGCCGUCUUCCAGGAAGAGCCCACACCAUUCGUUCCUGAUAUGAUCGCAUCCAACUUCCUUCAUGCCUACGUGUUAGUGCAGGCAGAAAACCCCUGCACUGAUCACACCACGUACAAGGUGUCCGUCACAGCCAGAGAAGAUGUCCCUCCGUUCGGCCCCCCUCUUCCAAACCCUGCGGUCUUUAAGAAGGGUCCCGAGUUCCGGGAAUUUCUCCUGACAAAAUUGAUCAACGCAGAAAAUGCAUGCUGCAAGUCAGACAAGUUUGCCAAGCUAGAGGAGAGGACACGGGCAGCACUGUUAGAUAACCUUCACGAUGAACUGCACAGACAGACACUGGCCACAGUAGGACUGGGAUCAACUACAGAUGAAGAAAAGCUAGAAAAUGGAGGUCAUGGAGGGCUGCUGGAGUCUUUUAAGAGGGCCAUGCGUGUGAGGAGCCACUCUAUGGAGACGAUGGUGACUCAUAAACACAAGAGUCCUGGAGUGGUGGCAGGGGUCCCGUCCAGUGUGAGCGGUGGAGGACUCCAGCAGAAUAACAUGGAGUGCACCAAGAGCACCUUCACUCCUCCAGCGCUGUCUGCAAAAUCUCCAUUAAAGAGUCCAGUAAAGCGGCGCUCUGGUCUGUUCCCCAGACUGCACUCCAGCACAGAAAGUCCAACUGAGAAACAUCCAUCUCGCAGUGACCAAAAAGCAGAAGUGUUACCUCACUCGCAGGAUGUGAGGUCAGAGACGUCAUCCAAUCCGAGUUCACCAGAGAUCUGCCCAAGCAAAGAAAGGCCAUUUGUGAAGCUGAAAGAGUGUAGCGGCAGAGCUAAUAUCUCCCGAUCUUCCUCCAGCACCAGCAGCUUCAGCAGCACAGCAGGGGAGGGAGACGGACUGGAGGACCUGGAAAUGAGCAGUCACCCCUCCACGGCUUCAUCUGUGUACAGUCCAUCUCUCAGCGUGGAAAGCCAGACCUCUGGAACGCCACUGAUCAUGUGCCGCAGUCCCACAGAUGGAAAGAACAAAACUUCACCAAGGUCAAACUUGAAAUUCCGCUUUGACAAACUGAGCCACUCCACUGGUCAUUAGGUCAGACAGAAGCCACUGCAUGGACAAAAGGCAGUGACUUUGAAUGGAUUUUUAUAGAUUGGAGGAAAAAGGGACCAUUUUCUCUUGCUAAUGCAACAGUUAUCACUCUCCAACAUAAUACACAACUGAACACUAUUGUAAGAACUGAUCCUACAAACACACAAAAAUGGUUCAGAGGACAGAAAUGAACGCCAGUCUUAGUAGAAAAAGCAACAAAUGUCUCUGUUUUUCCAACAUUUUAAAUGUAGUGCUCAAACAAGUGUUGAAAACUAUCCUUGCCUAACUGCAAUUGCUUUCUAGACAGAUGCUCAAUAUUAACACAGCCACUUGAAAUACUUGAAGAGUUCUCAGUCAUUAAAUGUUACAAGAGAUACGGACUACAAAAUAGCAUUAUAAGCUCCUGUACUGUGCUGAGUCUUUUACAGAGAUUACGGGUCGUUUUGAGUCUUGUAACACAUCGCCCAUCAGUGUAAGCCUUAAAAUGCUAUAGAGAACUAUGCUCUGCUGAAGACUGAGUUCUGUUAUUUUUGAGUGAUGUGAAAAGGUCGAAUUCACCUUUCCUGAGGGUAACCAAAGAUGAAGAUUGCCAUGGUUUAUUUGUGGUAAAGGGGAAAGGUUUGAACAAAAAAACAUAUUUCAUGGAUGGCGAAGACACAUUUUAUUAUAUUUUUUAAGUAAAAUCUGUCUGUUCAUUUCAGCGUAUAUUUAUUUCUCUAAAUAAAGACUUCAGUAUAUUUGUUCAACACCAAUGUUAUUGAACAGAUAUAUUUGUACAAUUGAACUUAAAAAAUGAAAUUAUAUACUUUAAUAAAUUUCAUUUUGAGCUCUCAAACACACUUGAGAAAGCACAGACACAUAAACAUGGUUUUUCUUACUUUCAGACUUGUGGAUGUACAAAAAGGUCCUUUUUUUGUAAAUGCUUUGUUAUUCAAUUAUGGCUGGCAGAAUCAUUUUUGAAGGAUUUUCUUUGGAAAUUAUGUUAUUUAUUUACAUAUGUGUGUCUCUCCUUAUUCCUCAUGAUUCAGUUGUUAGUUUUCAGCCGUACUCAUUAGUGAGGGCAUUAGAUUGCAGAGAGCGAGUUAAAUAUUCUUGUACAAUAGUGCCAAACUUUGCCAUAAAACGUGUUGGCAUAUAUGUUUGUACUGCCAUAAUUUAUUGCUUUUAAAAACUGUUGAUGUUACGUAAAAAAAAAAAUACACAGAGUCAAAUAAAAAUAAUGUAAAAGAUUAUGUAUAUGUAUAUUUGGUUAUGGCAUGUGCCAUUAAGAAUUUAUUAUAAACAA